CUGGUUGCUCGGUUCCAGGCUUCCAGCUACUCCGACGGAACUCACACUCGCCCUGAAUUCUUCGGCACCAUGACCUAGCAAAUCACACUCUCCGGUUCACAUCUCAAGAUUGCUCCUCUUCUUCUUCAACGUGUCGCGGCGGCUUCUACCUUCUGCAUCUCCACUGCUACAUCCAGCUCGUGGCUUAUCUGGCGCGCCUCCUCCAUCUCCAUUCCUCUUAGUCCAAUCUAAUUGCCUGACUCACCUCUUUCCGUCAAUUUUGACUAACCUCACUCCCAAUAUUCACUCGGACCUCCUCGACUGCCCUCGGAGUAAAUUUUAGGGCCAGGUCCAACUUCGCAACCCGACCCGAAAGAACAUCUCCGGACCCAGAGAGCACCAGACGCCAACCCGGUUCUUCUUCUUUCUUCCAACGAUUCCUACGCGCUGCUCCAUGUUUGGCAAGGAUUCCUUGAGGUUGUGGCCGGAGCUCCGCCGCGUUCUGGCUCUGUAACCUCUGCCAGGCCUUCCGAAGGGUGCCGCUGCUGCGUCGGAAAUCUCCUUACCACCUCCGCGGUGAUCGCCUCUGCACUUCUCCGUCGUUUAGCAUUACAGUCUCGGCAAAUCAGUUGGGCUAGCCCUGGCCCAAUUAGAAGUGGGCCAGCCCACCUCCUCCACGCACGAAUUACAUACAACAGCUUUUUCCGGAGGAACAAGAGUUAAGAAUUUUCAGUUUCUCCCUCCAUUCUUCGCGGAUUUGGUUUUGUUUAAUUCAAGGUGAAAUAGGUCAACGCCGCAUGGAUCCUUACGAUGAUAUUCUCCCAACGGCUCCUGCUGGGCGCGGUCGUGCUGGGGCAAAGUUUGCCCCGAAGGUCAAACCGAAACCGGUGCCUCGGAAGGAAAUUUCUGCUGAAAAACAUGAAAUCUCGUCUAAAGAUGGAGAGGGAGAACGUGUUGCUUCAUCCAUCAUCACCAGCAGUAAGGACAUAGAUACUGUUCCCCAGAGUAAAUGCCAUGCUGCUGUUGCUUCCACUUUGAGUGUGCGACCUCAACAUUCUGCAGGUUCAAAUUUAGAGGAUGCCACAAAAUCUCAAAUGGCAAAUCCUCAGCAAGUUGGUGUAAAUGUAGAUACUGCAGCCUUAGUGGAUGCUCAACCUUCCACAGCUGCAUCGACUGAAGUUGAGUCAGCUCGUGAGGAAGAUCCUGUAGCUUUGGAAGGGAGCCGACAUUCUAAUUUUGUUCCUGAGACCAAUCUCAGUAAUGACUCAACACAUCCAGUUCAAACUGCUGAUUCUGUAGAGAAGCUAUCAAAUAAUGUAGCUAUUCUAUCUACAAUAUGCUCAACCGGAGGUAGUAUGGGAGAUCCCGCUCAAAAUGAAAAAGAGCCAGUUCUUGAUAGCAACGACUGCUUGGGACUUAGUGAUGAUUUGAUGCAAGUUGGCCCGGAUGUGGGCUUUGAAAAUGCUUCAGAUAAUGAUGCUGCAAUACUUGAGAGCAACAUUCAAUCGAACCUUAUCUUUGGAAGAGAACGAGAGGCAGAGUCUGAGAAAUUUGAAUUGGAUCCUUUUAGUGAAGUCCUCCCUGAUCCUGGCACUAGGACUGCUCGUAAGUUUCAACCCAAGAUUAAGCCACGACCUAGAGUAGGCGCAAAACCUGCUGUUGCUUCUGCUUCAUCUAAUGAUAUGAUGGCAAGGUCUGUUGAGUUGCCUACAUUUUGCAUGAAUGAAGUUCAAUCUUUUCAGUCUAGUGAUGAUGGCAUUAGUAUGUUAAAUCAACCAAGCAAUUCACCUGUACCCACAUUAGAGAUUCCUAUGGCAACUGAUUUAUCAAUUCAUAAUGGAACUAGGGAUUUGCCUUCUAGUGUUGGUAAAUCAGCUGCAGAGAGUGCAGACAUUUUUGCUGGGUUGGAAUCCAUUGAUGACUUUACCACCCAAGCUGCCACUACUACAGGAAAACCAAUUCUUCAAUCGGAAACAGAGGAAGCUGUGAACUUGAGUCCUGGCUGCCCAGUUGAUAAUGUCUCAGAUUAUCAGUCCAAGAAAACUGACAAAGAUCCAGCUUCUGAAAUCCCGGUGGAUGAAGAACUGACAAAUUCUCCAAAUAGUCCCACAUUGGCUGAUCUUAUGCAGGAUGCUAAUGGAAGAAAAAAGGAAGACGCAGUGUGGAGUUCUCUUAGGAAGCGCAAAAAAUCUGGUGCUAAUGAGGAGGAUAAAGGUGUUAAAACUUCAAGGCAGCGGAGGAAGCAAGCAACUCAUAAACCUGUUAGCAACUCGGUGAAUGAGGAUGAUGAUGAUGAUGACGACCUUGACCCUCCCUAUAAUCCGUAUAGAGAUGAACCUGAAGAGAAUGAUGAAGAAUUUGAAGUGGAUGACUCCUCCAAGAAGAAGGCAUCAUUGAAUUCAACAAAGAAAUCAGUGGCUAAAAAUGGAAAAACAUCUCAAAAACAUAAGAAGGCUAAUGAAGAUUUAGAAAAUGGCAAAAAAGAACCUCCUAAAAAGUUCUCUCAUUCAAGCAGACAAAAAAGAAGAUGUGUGAACCAAGCACUGCUGGAAAUUCCUGAGGAUGAACUUGAUAUGCAUACAUUGUCUCUCAAGGAUAUCAUUUUACUUGCAGAACACAGGGAGCGGCUGGCAAAAAAGGAGGCAGCAACUUCAAAGACAUCUACCAAUCAAAGUGGUGGAGAUUCCCAACAUGAGGCCGAGGCUGGAGCUAAUAGUGAAGAGGAGUAUUUAGGUUCAGAAGAUGAUAGAGAAGCAGGUGACGAUGAAGCCAGUGAGAGUGUUCCGUUGGCUUCCUCUUUAUUCAACUACCAAUCCUUCAUGGAAAAGACUCCUAGGGGAAAAUGGACAAAACAUGAUAAUGAACUGUCUCUAAAUUGACUAAUGACCUUGUAAUAUGCAGUUAGGCAGUUUGGCACAGAUUUUUCUAUGAUACAACAGCUUUUUCCUGAUCGAACACGUCACCAAAUUAAGUUGAAGUACAAGAAGGAAGAGCGACAGCAUCCUCUACGGUUAGCUGAUGCUGUAAAUAAUCGUUCAAAAGAUAAUUUUCAUUUUAAGAUGUUGAUUGAGAGACUGCAGCAAGCUUCAGCCAAGGAAGAUCAAGACCGUGGUAAAGAUGCAUCAGGUUCGAUGGCAGCAGAGGAGGUUGAGAAUUCGGCACCUGGAACUAAUGAGGAUGUUGGAACAACUGAACAGGAGGAGUUUGCAACAACUGAGCAGGAGGCAAAUGUCGAAGAUCAACAAGAUUCUAAGUCAGUUCCUAGUCCAGAACAAUUUGACAAUAGUGAUGAUGAAUUAGCAAUAUGGGCUCAAUAUAAAAGUGAAAUUUAGUGAAUGAUUUUACCCUCUUUUUCUCGAUUGAAGUGAAAUUCUGAUUAAUUUGCAAAAUCACUAUCGCGAUUUUUUA